AUGAAGUGGAAGGUUCCUCUGUAUGUGGGGAUUCCUCCGGCCCGCCGCCACGCCCACACCGCCUUCAUCCUCCACAGCCACCUGUAUGUGUUUGGAGGCAGGAAUGAAGAGCAAGAUUUCAACGACCUGAAAGUGAUGAAGCUCAUCAACCCCUCAGAGAGACAACCAGUGAUGAAGGAGAUUUUAUCAGAGUUUGGUCUCCAGGGCGUCAGCCACAGCCUCGGUUUCAUUCUGGUUUUUACCGUUAACAGCUUCACUCCCACUAAAGUCCCAAACGUUCGCUAUGAACUGAGUGAGUUGCCUCCAUCCAUCCUGGGAAACACAACAGUUAACGCACAGGUGUGUGUGCACAGAGACUUCAGCGCGGUGCGAGAUCAGGCCAUGAAAAUGAUCCAGACCGCCUUCUCUCUGCUGGACCAGGAGUUUCACAAACUUGAUCGGGAGAAGUCAGAGCUGUCCAAAGCUGCUGUGGCUCUGCAAAAAGAGAGAGAAGCUCAUGAAGCUCACAAACAAAAACAGCAACAGGAGCUGCAGGAGAUGCUGGACAGACAUCGCUCUCAGAACGAGGCGUGGCUUCACGCGAGGGCCGAGGAAAACGACCGAGAGCGGAGGGAGCUCUGCAGACUCCGAGGGCGGGGGGAGGCGGCGGCGGGCAGCCGGAGACCUAACCCAGCCCGCCGCCGUCCCCCGGCCGGGGGGGGACAUUCCUGCCUUUUCCAGCGCAUUUCUGCCGGACAGUGCCCCCGUUGUUCGGUGGUCCGAGGCCUGUGGCCGCCCCGCCCCCCCCCCACCCACCCCACCACCACCACCUAA